AUGCGCUUCGUACUGCCUGCGUUCGUGGGCACGGCCAGUGCUGCCUCGACACUGCUGUCUGGCGGCACCAUCAUCGCCUUCAACAACGAGACCAAUGGCCUGGACGUGGUGCGCAACGGCUCCCUGCUCAUCACCGACGACCGCAUCGCCUCGGUCAACUCGUCCCCCAGGCCACGCAACCUGCCCAACGACACCACCACCAUUGACGUCUCGGACCAGAUCAUCACGCCUGGCUUUGUCGACACGCACCGUCACGGCUGGCAGACGGCCUUCAAGACCAUCGCCUCAAACACCACCCUCGCCGAAUACUUUGGUCGCUAUGGCGAGUUUGCGGCCGCGAGCAGCUUCGAGGCCGAGGAUGUCUACCUAGGCCAGCUCGUCGGCAUGUACGAGUCCCUCGACGCUGGCGUCACGACCGUCCUCGACCAUGCGCACCACACGUGGUCCAACGACACGGCGUACGCAGGGCUCAUUGCGUCCAUUGACAGCCGCGCCCGUGUGUUCUGGGCCUACACAUUUCACAACAUCACGAGCCUCAACUACACCAUUGAGAUGCAGUUCCCCAACUUCCGCGAGAUUGCCGAGUCAGAUCUCUACGCCAGCUCACUGGUCGAGCUCGGCAUCUCGUACGAUACGUGGGGUCCCACGCCCGGGCCAGAGACGCGGCAGAUCGCCGACCUGGCCAAGGAGUACAAUGUCUCCGUCGUGACGACGCACACCCUCGCCGGACCCUGGGGCAUCACCAACCUCCCCUCCGACCUGCACCAAUUCGACAUCCUCAACACGUCCAUCCCCGUUGUCUUCUCCCACGGGAGCUUCAUCACCGCCAACGACGCCCAGCUGCUGCGCCAGACGGGCCAGUACCUGUCCAUCACGCCCGAGUCGGAAAUGCACUACGGCCACACCCAUCCUCACAGCCGCUUCAUCCAGGACCAGGCCGCGCUCGGCGUGGACACGCACUUCACCUUUGCGGCCGACAUCCUGACCCAGGCUCGUCUGUGGCUGCAGACCGCCCGGUACGACUUCUUCGACGCCGUCCUGAAGAAGUGGGAGAUUCCGAGCACCAACCCCAUGAGCGUCGAGCAGUCCUUCCUUCUGGCGACGAGGUCCGGCGGUCAGGCCUUGCAUAGGGAUGAUAUUGGCGUCAUCCAGGCCGGUGCCAAGGCCGACGUCGUCGUGUGGAACGCAAGGGACUCGUGGUCGAUGCUGGGCUGGGUCGACCCCGUGGCCGCCGUCAUGCUGCACGCCAACCCCGGUGAUGUCCUCCACGUCAUGGUCGACGGUCAGCUGGUCAAGAAGGACGGCAAGCUGACCGACCCCAACCACGAGGAUGUGAAGAGCCGCUUCCUAGAGAGCGCGAGGAAGAUCCAGAAGACCUUUCGCGAGACGCCGUACCCAGAGCUGGAGGGUAACUGGGAACAGAGUGGGUUCCCCUUUGCCGCGCCUCAGAUCGCUGAUAUUGAGCCCGGCAACGGGACGGGCUACGGACAGCUGUAUUUGGAUCAGUAG